UUCUUCGUGCGAUGGCAUCAGGCACACGGAGGGAGCUCUUCUCCAUCGGUGCGAUGAACAAUGACCGUGAUCUCCGUUCCACACCGUCACCAGCUAGCAAGAUGAAGCAUUCUGUCACGGUUAGGCCGAAGGCUAUGCUUAGCGUCGUUCUUGCUGAAGAUGGUUUACCCGAGGUGAAGUGCAAGACCUGCGCAUCUUACCGUGGUCGUGUGGCGGCUACUGCUAUCUUUUGGCCAUCACAGUCGCGUUCGUCUGCAGCGGCAGAGCAUAUGAGGAUCAAUGACGACCCAGCUGUGGAUGCCAAUGGGCCAUGCGAAAUGCUGCUCCUCGGUGCUUGGAGCAUCUUCAGGCUACCAUGGAUAUUGAAUUUGACUGCCCUCAAAUGCAGAAAAUUAAGACCGAGAUGAAGUACCUGUCUGGCAGUGUCGACGAGAAGGAUAGGAAGAUCAGAGAUCUGAAGGCUAAGGUGGAAAAAAGGAAUCUGCGGGUCAAGGGGCUUACCAAGGGCUGGGGUCACUGGCAGAUUACCUGCUCGGAUCAGCAAAUGAUCAAGCUUUGCUUCCCACUGGUUCUUCGGUAGUUCAUUUUUUAUCAUGGCUGAAAAUGCAUUCCACCGUGUAUGCUUACUCUCCUACGAUGCUUUCUACGCUCUUGUGUUAGGUAAGGGACAGUACUUGCUUCGAUCAUUUUGAUUCUGAUUAGAUCUUUAUUUCCAUUUGACUUCCUGCUAUAUCUUCAUCUCCAUUUAACUUAUU